AUGGGUCCCACGGUGAGUCUCUCAAAUGGAGGAAAAGCCGAUCUCCCUGGAUGGUUUGCCCUUAAUAAUGUUUUGUUGGUCAAUGUGCCCCCUAUGUCGCCUGAUUUAAACGUUAUUGAGAAUUUAUGGGCUUACGUGAAGACAAAGUUACGAGGAAAAGAUUUUCACACAAAAGUUGACUUAUGGUUAUACAUACGAAAAGUUUGGAGCUUAAUUCGCCCAGCAAUUCUUCACGAAUUAGUCGACUCAAUGCCUAAACGACUUAAUGAAGUGAUUUUGGCAAAAGAAUCAACAGGAUGUCGAUUCUUGUCCUCUCCGGAUGCUCGUUUCGUUUCUUUGAAUUCCCCAGUUGACAGCUUUACGCUAUUAUUCAAAGCAGCUGUUCAUCCAAGCGAUGCCGAGCUGAUGAUUGCUUCUGUUAGAAGUAAUAACAUUGAAAGGACCAACUUCACGUCAAAAUUCCGUUUGGAGGGCCCCGAUUCGGAGGGAAAUUUCGCGAUCAGCACCAUUCAACCCUUAAGACUUCCACCAUAUCCAUUUCCUUUCACCGAAACCAUGCUCUACACAACAGUUGUUUGUAAUGGAGAGGCUUAUCCAUUGAUGACGAUUCGGGUAAAAUCGAUGAACGUGCACACUCCAUUUUUCUAUCAUCAGCCAUAUGAAGUCUUGAUUUCUGAGGCGACUCCAAUUGGCACCGAGAUCGACACUCCCGUUUUGGCGGUGGAUUGGGAUCCGGCACAUCACUAUCCUGUCACUUUCGAGAUCUUAAACAACGAUUCACCGUUUUCAUUGGUUUCAUCAAAUAGUGUUCACAGUACCGAUUUUCUUCCACCGGGUGCUUUGAAUCGAUGGCUUCCUGAACAGUUACCAACUGUUGUUCGAUUGAGAGUGGAUAAAGCCCUUGAUUUCGAAACUCAACCAAACCAUUUUUUGCUCAACAUUAGCGCCAAGGACAAUGCUCAGCCACCAAAUGUGAAUUACACUCAAAUCUUGGUGAAAUUAAUCGAUUUCGACGAUUUCCCUCCGAAAUUUACAAGCGACGACUAUUUGGCUGUGAUGCCGAGGAAUUGGAAAGUUGGCGCCACUCUCUCUGUUUCUCCUCCAUUGAAAGCUGUUGAUGGAGAUUUCGGUAUUAACAAGACUAUUAUCUACAGACUUGAUGCAAAUGCAAUGGAUACAUUUACAAUUGAUGAGCAAAGUGGAGAGAUAACAAUUAUUGAUGAGAAGGCAGCUAUACCAGAGACGAUCAUCGUUACGGCUACUCAAUCUGAUCGUGAGGCGAGAUCAACAUCCACUCGGAUUAAACUUGUCACCGAUCUCCCCAAGGCUUCGUUCGAUAAUUGUUUUGUCAGUGUAUCACUUCCCGAAAACUCUCCCAUCGAUACCCUUGUUGCCAGUUUGCAAAUACUUCAUCGAACAGAAAAAACUCAAGUCAACCUAAUCGAUCCAGAUGGAACAUUCCGAAUCUCAUCACCAUCGUCGUCUUCUUCAACCGUUCAGCUAUUUAUUCAAAACCCGCGACUUCUUGAUCGAGAACUCUUCUCAACACUCGAAGUCGUGCUAACCAUUGAGGAUUCAACUCCAAGCGUCUCUGAAGACAAUUCUUGUCAAAAAACCCGAGUGCACAUAGAUUUGGUCGAUGUCAAUGACAAUGGUCCUCAUUUUGAGCGAGAUGAAAUUCGGUUGUGGGUGGGAGAUGAGACACAUGAUGGCGAUAUUCUUCUCACUCUAAAAGCUACGGAUAUUGAUCAGGGUGAGAAUGGCCGACUCUCAUAUUCGAUCCGUGUUCCCGAUAAUUCUAAUGGAAUCCCUAUCGAAGUGCAAGAGGCAAAUGGAGCUGCUAGCUUGCUUUACGUUGCAGCGAAAGACUCAUUUGAACGAAUCAAUAAAGCCUUUUUGGUUGCGAAAGAUCAUGGAAAUCCACAAAAAGUCAAGGAGAUUCCUAUCGAAAUGUAUAGAAGAAGAACGGUUCAUUCAAUCAAUCGAUUUGUGACUGAAGGGGCUAAAAAGACAAGCGCUUCGCCCAAAAUUAUGACACGAGCAAGUACUCGAACGUCAACGGAGAGAAUCGAAACGACUCCUGAACAACAACUUUUUCAAACAAAGACCCCAACUACCACAUUUGAGACAUCUAGCACUACGCGAAAAGUUGUUAGAACUACUGAAACCCCAACCAUCACUGAGACUACUUCAACAACCAUAUCAACAACAGAAGCCACUACCACAACCACAACCACAACCAAAAGUACUACAACCGAGCCAGUCACUGAACAAACAACUCAAAGAGUUCAAACUACUUCAUCUCAAUCCGAAGAAAUUAAUCUUUCUUCUUCCGAUUUCCUUUGGAAACAGAUUGAAUUCCUUCGUCAAAAUGGUGUCAUUGGGCUCACUGAAGUGCCCACUGAAGCCGAGCUGCAAUUUUUCCGAACCCAUAAAAUUUUACCCCCACAACUCUCGACAAUGCGGCCAGAGGAAAAUGCUGAGAACGGAAUUGAAAGUGAAAACCUCAAUCAACAGAAAACAACGACAGAAAGAGAAAGAACCAAAGCACCAGCGAUGAGAAUUGCUGAAACAACUGCUGGUGGAGAGAUGGAGAUAAACUCCACAAAAGAGAUGGAGUUUCUCAGAAGACAUGGAAUGUUGGGAGUGCCAUUGGUGCCACAUGAAAUAUCAAAAACAAGUGAACCGUUGAGACCAAUUAACACUGAAACAUUCACAAAAACGGCUGUAGAAAGUGGAGAAACACAGAAAGGUUUACAAGUUGAGCAAUCCUCGGCUGAACUCGCCUUUUUGAGAGCUCACGAAAUGAAGGGUUUCGUUGGAAUUGAGAAUAAGCACAAUACAUCAAGGAGGCCACAACGAGUAGAACCAGUGAUUAGAGAUCGAUUUGAAGAGGCUAAAGUUUUGAUGGAAAUCGAGAGAAUGAAGGCAAUAGUGCCUGCCAUUGUUCCAUCAACCAUCGCAACUACUUCUGUGACUGUGCCAACAACUUCUGAAGUAUUUGAAACAUCAACGAUUGAAGAACAAGUGUCACAGGAGCAAGAGGAGAGUGUCUCAAUUCCCGAGGAUAAAAUCGAUGAAAACCCACCAGAGCUGGAAACAGAAGAGCCGGUACCGCCACCAGUGUUCCAUUUCAUCGACGACAACUACAAGAUUGAAUUGUAUGGACCGUUGGCUAUUGGAGAGAAAAUCGGUCGAGUGGUGGCUUCACCACAAGCUAAAGCAUACGGGAUCGAUCGAAGGGUUUUCGAGAAGUUUGGUAUCGAUUUCGAUGGUGGAUGGAUUUCAUUGGAUGAAAACAUGGGCGAUUCGCUCAAUCAUCCCGGCACUUUUCGUUUCCAUGUCUCCGCCACGGAUGGAGUGAAAACGGCUCAAUCAUGGGUUUCUGUGCGGGUCGAUCCAACAAAGAGUAUCUUUGCUGCAAUUCCUCGUUUUGAUCAGUCUUCUUACGAGAUCUUUGUCACCGAAAAUCAAGCACCCGCAGUGAUCACAAAACUCAGGGCUUUCCAUCGUGCCGCUGCCCUUCAUCAAGAUCGUCUUAUUUAUUCCCUGUUGACGAGUGAACGAAAUCUUCCUUUCUCUAUUGAGGCAAACUCGGGUCAGUUGGCGGUGAUCGUGGAGUUGGAUCGUGAAGUGAGAGAUCGAUACAAUUUCCAGGUGCGUGCCUGUCUAUUCUUGCAUCCAUCUGUCUGCGGGGUCUCUUCAGUAACCCUUUUCGUCAAUGAUCUCAACGAUAACACACCAAAAUUCCCAUCGAAAACCUAUCACUUAGUGGUGCCAAAUGAUUUGUCAAAGGGCUCUGAAGUCGUUCAGUUAGUAGCUCGAGAUAUGGACUCUGGCAGUAAUGGCAUUGUCACAUAUGCAAUCAAUCCCCCAAGUGAGACUUUUGCAAUCGAUCACUCAUCCGGACAGGUUUCUUUAUUGAGAAUACCAGAGAAAUCGAGAUAUUCUCUCAUCAUCGAGGCUUUCGAUCAUGGAGUGCCGAGAAGAACAACAUAUGCUGAGCUGAAGAUCACUGUUGAGGGAAGCAAUCCCAGUGCCCCACAGUUCGAUCAGAGCUCGUAUUCGUUCUCUGCAGAAUCUCCAGUACGAGUGGGACAAGUCGUAGGCACUGUUCACGCCACCGAUCCCGAUCCUGGAGAGGAUGGAAUGGUCAGCUACACUUUUGCCAACACCAACGACAAGAAAUCAUUCCGCGAUCAGCAAACGUUCUCGAUUAACUCAAAGACCGGUUCAAUCUCAGCUCUGACCCCACUGACUGUAAUGGAUGGACCUUUCCAUUUGGUGAUCGUUGCAGCUGAUCAGAAUCCGACUUUCAGCCGAAAAACUCAAGUGAAUGUGAAGAUUGAAGUACAAGGCGGAGCGGGUCUUCGUUUCCUUCCAUUACCCGCUAUCGUUUACAUAUCAAGUGAGAAGCCAACGGGAAGUGUUAUAUUGAGAGCCUCUGCUUACACGAGUGGUUCAACAGAUGUCAGCUUCCAUGCCAUCGAUUCACCUCAAGAAUUGACAAUGGAGGGUGAUUCGUUGAAAGUGAUCGGGCAACUCAAACCUGGCGUUUCAAAUAUUACGAUCAGAGCUGAGACCGAAUCGGCUCAUGUUGAUCACAUUGUUCGCGUUGUGGUGAUGAACGAUCGAGACAAAUAUCCGGUUUUCCCGAAACUGUCCUAUGAUUUGGAAAUUCCAAUCGAGAGUCGUUUCCCGAUGAUUGUCACUCGAUUUGAGCCUCUCCUCGAGAACGGAACCGUCAAAUUCUCACUAUUCCCACCAAAUCGAAUUCCGCACGGGUUGAGUAUUGAUGAGAAUACGGGAUCGUUGCUUGUGACAAAAGAAUAUGUGGAAUCUCCCUCAAAUCGAGACACCGUUUUCCUCGUGAUUCGAGCGAUCAACUCGAAUUAUCCCGAUUUCUACUCGGACGUCGGAGUUUCUCUCAAUCUGAUCUCUUCGACGGCUCGCGUUCGUUUUGCUCAAUCCAUCUGCGAGGCUCAUGUACGAGAAAAUGCUCAUCUCGGAACAGUUCUCAGAGAGAAAUUGGAAAUGGAAAGUGAAUCAUUCCCUUCACAAUCUCCAUUAAUGUUCUCAAUUACUCCAUCCAAUCCACUCACCGUUCUUCAAAAUGGCUCACUUGUUGUCAAUGAUGUGAUCGAUUUAGAGAAAAUGCCCGUUGAUCAUGACUCAUCGAUGAUUUUUGUGGUGACAGUAAGCGAUGGAGAACAAAGUGCCUCAACAAAACUCCGUUUGAUCAUUCAUGAUGUGAACGAGUUCCUUCCCAAAUUCGAUUACAUGCACUAUCAGGCACACAUUGGUGAAGCAGCUUUACCCGGCACGCCAAUUCUUCGCGUACAUGCGACCGAUAAAGAUUUCUUUGAUGCAACUCAUCUCGAGUAUAAAAUCAUUGGCGGUUCUGGAAAGGAUCUCGUUCUCAUUCAACAAGACGGAACAAUUGUUUUGGGCGAAAAACGAUUGGAUCGAGAGGUUCUCGAUCAUUUCGAUGUUCUGAUUGAAGCCAUUGAUUCGGGUGAAAAUUCGGCUGAAGCUCGUGUGGAUAUCACCGUCACCGAUGCAAAUGAUAACGCUCCUGAGAUUUUGGGAGCGCCAUUGAUUUGGAAUGUGAAUGAAGGAGAGAAAGGAGUUGGAAGUACAUUCACUUUGCUUGCAUCCGAUCUCGAUCAAACCGAUAACGCGAAGCUCGUUUUCACCAUCAAAAACGGGAACGAGGAGGGAAAUUUCGAGUUGAAACAGACGUCGCCUGUUGCGUCGGUGAUUCGAACAGUGAAAGCCCUUCCAAGAGAUGUGUUCAUGUACAAAAUUGCAAUUGAAGUUCGUGACUCCGGAGAGCCGCCGAUGAUGUCAGUGAGCACAUUGACAGUGAAUUUGAGAAAUGAAAAGGAUAACAAAGCACAAGAAAGACCGAGAUUCGCUCAGCAACAAUAUACACAAAUGGUUCCAUCAGAUCUCCCAGCCGGUUUCAGUAUGCUGAAAGUGGGUGCAGAAGGUGGAUCGGACGGGCUGAAAUAUUCCCUCUCAAACGAUGAAAACUGCAACUUGUUAAGGAUUGGGCCAAACGGAGAGCUCUCUUUCGUGAGAGAUGAUCGUGGGGAUGUUACACAAAUAACGUGCAAUGUUGAAGCGAAUGAUGGAAUGAACAAAGCGUACACGAGGAUUGUCGUAAAAUUGGAGAAAACGUUUGCCGGAAAACCGAAUCGUUCAAAUCAUCCGCCCCGAUUCGAGCGCUCGAAUUAUGUGUUCCGUGUCGAUAUGAGCACAGUUCAAGCAGAUCCACGAGGACGAUUGAUGGGAAUGGUUUCUGCGAUUGAUAAUGAAAAUGAUCGAAUCAAUUUCUCGAUUGAGCCGGCUGAGUAUCGAAAUCUUUUUGAAGUGGAUCAAGAGGGUGCUCUUUGGGUGAGAUCUUCCACUUCCCCAUCAGAUAUUUCUUCUCAUACACCAUCUUUUUUGAUUGUCGCCACCGAUAGCGGCUCUCCUCCACUUGCCUCAUUCGCUAAUGUCCGUGUUGUGUUCAGUGGACUCGAUACCAUUGAAACAACACCUAGCACUUUGAAUCAAGUUGAUACCGAAAUGUCGAUUGAUUCAAAAGCAACAAUGGUCACAAAGAUUCCCGAGCUUUCCACGACGGUUUUCACUGUUUCUGAUGAUGUGAAUACCUCGGAGCGACCGAUUGAAAGCACGCGAUUCAACGCUUUUCCAAGCACGCAAUGGGCUUCACAAUCAAAAUCGAAACAAAAAACGAUCACCACUGUAAGACCUGAGUUGACAAUCUUUCCUAAACACACAUCAGCUCAUUCAAUGAAUCCAUCAAUUCGAUCCACGGUCAUCCCAAUCACUUUAAUGCCAACAUUUAAGUCGACAACCACCAUUUGGAAGAAAAUAGAUGGGGGAUCGGAAAAAGAAGAUGAUGAUUCGGGAAUGGACACGACAACAUUUGACGAAGUGGUGGAAAAGAAUGGAGAAGAGGGAAUGGAAAAUGGAGAAAGACAAGAAGAUGGAGAUGAUUCAUCGACACCAUUCCAAAACGAACAUCCUUUCAGUGAAUCGAUUGAAGACAUUUCGGCUGAACCCGAAUCAUCCACAGCGAUGCCAUCCGAAUUCCACUUCGAACACCCAAUGUAUUUUGCAUCGAUGCCAGAGGGAAGAUACAGUAAUGGAGCUCUUCUCAAUCUCCGCCCACAAUCACUCACAACAAAUGGAGAGAAAGUCGUGUACGCAUUAGAAGACGAUUCAAUCCCAUUCCACAUUCGGGAGACAACAGGCGAAAUCGUUAUCCUCGAUGUCGAUCGAGAGAAAACGCCGUCUUUCGUUUUCAAAGUGAUUGCAGUUUCAUCCGAUGUCAGCGGUUUUAAGAUGCGAGCCGAGACUCGAGUAAAUGUGACGAUUCUUGACGUCAAUGACAAUUAUCCCCUCUUCGUUUCCCCGCCCGAAUCACUUGGAGUCUCCGCUCAACUUCCCCUCAACACCGAGAUCCUCCGUGUUCAAGCAAUUGAUGCGGACGAGGGACGAAAUGCUGAAGUCACUUAUGAAAUCGGCAAGAAUCCUUGGAUACAAAUCGACUCUCAGAGUGGAAGUCUGUUAACAAAGAAUAGCCUCACCAAUGCUCCGUCGAGUUUCGAGUUGCAAAUCUUCGCAAAAGAUGGAGGACGGCCAGCAUUGAAGACAACACAUAUGAUUCGUGUCCGUAUUUUCUCCUCAUCAUCUCCACCAUCACUUCCAAAAGAUUCUAAACCAUCAAUAAUUUCAUUUCCUUCAUCAAACAAUCAACUCGUCGCUCAAUUCCUUGCCGGUCCAAGCAAUGAGAAUAUGCACUAUCGUUUGGUGGAUGGUGGAAACGGCCUGUUCACUUUCGGUUCCGAGGGUCGUCUCUUCCUCAAUCGACAACCAUUCGAUAGUGAAAUGAACAAAUAUCAUCAACUAAACAUCACCGCUCAGAACUCGCGAGGAGUUGACUCGGUCUUGUACAAUGUAUACGUGGAAGGUCCACCAAAUACUCGAGGAUCUUCCGUAGACGAAAUUCCCGAUAAAGCAAUCUGCACUUUCCCGAAAAAUGUUUACGAUGCUCAGAUCCCGGAGAAUCUCGAAGGGCGACACAAGUUGACAAAAGUGACAUCAGACUGUGAAUCAAAUAGAAAACCCUAUGAGUAUGUGUUGUGGAAAGGAUCAGAUCAAUUCGAGAUUGAUCGAAAAACUGGGGAGAUUUUUGUGAAUGGAGCGCUUGAUCGAGAGACAAGAUCAAUUCAUUUUCUCUUCAUAAAUGUCACCAAAUCAAUCGUUGAGCAAAGAAAAGAAAAAAGAGAAUCAAUAAAUCCAGUUAUUGAACAUGCAAAGUCGAAAUUGGAAGUCUGGCAAGCGUUGGUUGUGAUUCGGGUAGAAGAUCUCAAUGACAAUGCACCCCGCUUUGUCCGUCUCAGCCCUGAAGGGAAAUAUUCAGCUGUACUCGAUUAUCAGGCUGAUCCUAGAAAUACGCACAUUCUGCAACUACAGGCUCAAGACAACGACGAGAAAACCCAAUUUGUUUAUGGAAUUUAUGGCGAAGACGAGGAUUUAUUCGUUGUGAAUGCAACAACUGGAGAUCUAUAUUUGGAAAAGAUCGUUCAUGAUGAUCAGAAGAAAGAAUAUCAUUUGACGGGCACGGUAGCUGAUGGAGCACAUGUCAGCGAGAUUCCUAUAACGAUCUACAAGUUACAUCCAGACUGGAACUUAGUUCAGUUGACCGUUGAAAAGGGAAGCAAUGAAGUUGAUGUGAAAUUAUUGGUUAAUCUUCUCAAUCACCUCACUAAUACUGAAAUGCACGCACUUGUGAAAGAACCGUUUACGGGAAGUGAUGGACAAAUCGAUCCAACAAGAACCUUUGUUUAUGUCUAUGGAUUGGAAUCAAAGACGAAGAAACCGAUUGAGAGAAACAAAUUGAAGGGAUUACUCGAUCGUUUCUCGAUGGCCUUGUUGACAUCGGAGACGAAAGUGUCCUCGAUUUCCCUAUCAUCUCCUUCUCCAUCCACAUCACUCUCAUCCGUCGACCUUUUCCUUCUUUUCCUUUGCCUCGUUCUUCUCCUCGUCGCCUGCAUCAUUUGUUGUGUUGUUGUCAACAUUUGUAAGAGGCGAGAAGAGAAAGGAAUCGGCAAGGAUUACAUGCGUUCAUCACCACAUUCCGGUCCACGUCCUUAUGAUGUAUCAGUGAUUCCCCGUGCAACCGCACAGGCUGUCCUUGCUGGGAGACCUUUGCCUGAUCCCAUGCAGUUCAAUGAGAACAAGCACUCGCCGGGCAGCUCAACCGACGGGAGACGAUCGACGAACAGAAGCGAUGAACUGCUUGUGUUCGCCAAUUCUGUUAGGGAAUACGGCGGACGAGAGAACGGCGCAUAUGACACGAAUUCGGAUCGGAUAUCUGAGGGAAAAUCCAAUCCCGCGAAUCGGCACUCGAGUGGACGGGAUUCCGCG